AAAUACCUACGUAACGGUCCGGUAAUCGAGGCAUCGUAGCACUUGAUAUCAAUAUCGCUAGCUGCAAACAUGAUGGUCAUGCCUCAAGUUAUCCUCCUAAAGGAGGGCACUGAUACAUCUCAAGGACGACCUCAACUUAUCAGUAACAUAAACGCAUGUGAGGGAAUAGUGGAUGCAAUAAGGACUACGCUAGGACCACGAGGAAUGGACAAGCUUAUUGUAGAUAACCAAGGAAAGGCAACCAUUUCCAAUGAUGGAGCAACUAUACUAAAGCAGCUCAAUGUGGAACAUCCUGCAGCUAAGAUAUUAGUUGAAAUUGCGAAAUCUCAAGAUGCUGAAGUGGGAGAUGGGACGACGUCAGUGGUCUUAUUGACUGGAGAGAUGCUCAAGCAAGUGAAGCCAUUCAUUGAAGAAAAUGUUCAUCCUCAAGUUAUAGUGAGAAGUUUUAGAAAAGCAACUCAGAUGGCAUUAGCAAAGCUGAAAGAAAUAGCUGUUCAUACACAGAAAGACAAUCCUGCAGAGCAGCGCGCCAUGCUAGAGAAAUGUGCUGCUACAAGUCUUAGCUCUAAAUUAAUAGCUCAGCACAAGGAAUUCUUUUCUAAGAUGGUUGUGGACGCCGUAACUCACUUGGAUGAGUUGUUACCACUUAGCAUGAUUGGAACAAAGAAAGUAAAAGGAGGUGCUCUGGAGGAUUCUCUUCUAGUUACGGGUGUUGCUUUCAAAAAGACAUUCUCAUAUGCAGGCUUUGAAAUGCAACCAAAAAAGUAUGUCAAUCCAAAACUGGCACUACUGAAUGUGGAAUUAGAGCUGAAAGCUGAGAAAGAUAAUGCAGAAGUUCGAUUGGAUAGUGUUGAGGAAUAUCAAUCAGUAGUUGAUGCAGAGUGGAGUAUCCUUUAUGACAAAUUAGACAAGAUAGUACAGAGUGGAGCUAAGGUGGUUCUGUCGAAGCUGCCAAUAGGAGAUGUAGCGACACAAUACUUUGCAGACAGGGACAUGUUUUGUGCUGGACGAGUUGCCGAGGAGGAUUUAAAGCGCACAAUGCGUGCAUGUGGUGGCUCAAUACAAACGUCUGUCAAUGCACUGACGACUGAUGUUCUUGGAUCUUGUGAGCUGUUUGAAGAGAAGCAGAUCGGUGGAGAUAGGUACAACAUCUUUACGGGUUGUGUUGAGGCUAAGACGUGCACGUUUAUUCUUCGUGGAGGCGCUGAGCAGUUUAUUGACGAAGUUGAACGUUCCCUGCAUGAUGCCAUCAUGAUUGUCCGCCGUGCUAUCAAGAAUGAUGCUGUAGUUGCUGGAGGAGGAGCAAUUGAGAUGGAGCUGAGCAAACACCUCAGGGACUAUUCACGCACCAUUGCUGGAAAGGAGCAACUGCUUAUUUCAGCGUAUGCACGAGCUCUAGAGGUUAUUCCACGCCAACUGUGUGACAAUGCUGGAUUUGAUUCAACAAACAUUCUUAACAGGCUGAGACAGAAACAUGCACAGGGUGGCACAUGGUUUGGGGUUGAUAUCGUGAAGGAAGCUGCUGAAGAUAACAUGGAAGCAUUUGUGUGGGAGCCGUCUGUUGUGAAGAUUAACGCCCUCACUGCAGCGUCUGAAGCUGCUUGUGUAAUCCUUUCUGUCGAUGAGACAAUCAAGAACCCUAAGUCACAAAGAGACCAAGACACUUCAACAGGACAGAGACCUUUCUAGUUGGCAUGUCAGUGCCAUAAGUAUGCAGGACUGAGAGAUUGGCCUGUUUGAAAUUGUGUAAGUGCUUGUAAUAUCAUCAUUUCAAAUUGCUUUCGGUCAUGAUG